CAGUGGCACGGCCUGUCCUGCGCGGCGACCAAGCUCGCGACCAAGCAGGAGCUCGCCGUCAAGUCGGACCGAGGGGCAAAAUGGAGGACCUGGGUUGCCGAAGCUGUCUCGGAUGGGGCUGGUAAGGCCCACAAGUACUCUAAGCCCUCCAUAGGUUGGAUCCCCUCCACUAGCCUCCAGGGGGCCCCACCCCCUGGGCCUCGGCAGCAGGUGGAUGAGCUCUUGGAAGCUUGGAAGGGAGUCUGGAAGCCGUCACCCAAGUCGGAGGCCAUGCCAGACCCCGUGGCCUACUGCACCACCCUCCUGCAGCAGGAAGCCAGCGAGCGUGGGGUUUCCAUCGAGGAUCUGCGCCCUCCCGUUCGCGACCCUGAAGCCAUCAGGAGAGUGGCUUUUAAGUUCAAGAGGUUCACGGCCCUAGGUAGUGACACGUUGCACCCCAGGGAGCUGGCCAAUUUCUCGGACAGGGCCCUCAAGUGCCUCGCCCUGCUCUGGCACUGGCAGGAGUGCUCGGGCAUCUUCAGCUCUGCCAUCGCUCUCAUCCUGUUGGCUCAGCUUCCUAAGCCUGAAGGACGUUACCGACCCAUCGGCAUCGAGAGUGGGGUUAGCAGGGUGUUCCACAAGCUUGCUAGACAUGAGGCUGUUGACUGGGAGGAUCGUCAUCCUAGGCUCAGGCUGCUUCUCGUGAAGUAUAGAGGGCCGCGGGUCCUCAGCUUGCCUGGCAUCUGCUCGGACGUGGUGCAGGUGGCGCAGACCAUCCUGGCAGGGUGCCCCUUCGCGACGACGUUGCCUAGGCUGUGUUUGCUGUCUCCCUUGGAUAAAGUGCGCGAGCACUUCCCGUCCGCCGUCCCCUUCAUUGUGGUCGACGACAUUACGCUGUUCAUGGAAGGGGCUGCUAAGGUGGUCCAAACGCGUCUGGGGAAUGCUACGGCCUACCUAUGUGGGCUGUAUGAGGGCCAACUGCUGGUUGUCUCGGAGUCGAACGGCAAGGUUUUAUCCUCGUGUUCUUCGGCGGCCCGUGGAUUGGCCAAGCGUCUGGGCAAAUGGAAGUUUACCGCCCCUGCGGCUGCCAGGAAUCUGGGAUGCGACUUUGGGAUUGGGCCCGAGGGUCGCAGGUCCAGGGCUGUCGUGGGGUCCCGCUGCCGCAAGAUCAAGGGCCGUCUCUCCAAGUUUCGCAGCCUCCGCAGCUCGUUCCAGGGGCUCACGAAG